CCUUUUUUCUUUCUUUUCUGAUUGAUAUAAAAAUGAUCUAUUUAGAAAUAAAUACAUUACUUGGGGUAGGACCAGAUACGUUUUUUACUUCUUCCUACUCCUUUGAACAUAAUAAUUGUGUUGUAUGAUGACUGAUUUCUCUUUCCUUUUUACUAUUUUACUUACCUUACUUUCUGUCAAUGUAUGACUGUGUAUGGUUUUUAUGUUCAAGAAACAACCAAACAAAACAAACAAAAAUAAUUUAUAAUGUACGUCUGUGAAGGCACUAUUACUGCUGAAAGGUACAGUACAUAUAGAUUUUGGAGAAACAUGCUACCAUCCAAACAACAUUCUGGAUGUCUUAAAACAGCACGACAUUGUUCGAAAACAGUACAGGUACUAGUCUUACCUGCCUGCAGUCCAAACCUGUCUUCCAUUGAAAAUAGGUGGCACACAAUGAAACGUAAAGUAUGGCAACUAUCUGAUAAAGCGUGUGCUUUUGAUUUUCACUCCAUUGCAUGUGAUGAGGGCACUGAUGCAAUAGACAUUGCACAGCUGCAAUUUUUUUUUUGCGGGGAGUGGACAAGAACUUUGGAGUUAAAGAGGAGCUGCUCAAUCUUCAGAGUCGAAAAGGAUAUUUUUUAAGCUGUGUCAGACUCAGGUGACAAAAUGGGAUUUAAAUGGGACAAGCUGUGUGGCGUUUCAACAGAUGGGGCUCCAGCCAUAGCAGGUGCACACAAGGGAUUGGCAUCUAUGAGGAGCGCUAAAUGCUUUCCAUUAACAUCUGACAUUGAAGGGUGUCGGAGAAGUAUCCAUCUGUCAGCUUCAAGACUGGAAGAGCACCUCUCUCAGGACAAAAAUGAGUUGUCAGAGGCAGCCUAUGAGAAGCUGGCUGAUGAGACGCUGGAUGCACUGGCUGAUUACUUUGAAGACUUAAUGGAUGAACCUUUCACUGGACCAGAUUAUGAUGUUGUGCUGUCUAGUGGUGUGCUGACUGUACAAGUGGGUGGUCACCAUGGAACUUACGUCAUCAACAAGCAAACGCCAAACAGACAGAUUUGGUUGGCAUCUCCAACAAGUGGACCAAAACGCUACGAUUGGACAGGUAGUGGUUGGGUCUAUAGUCAUGAUGGCAUCAGCCUGCACCAACUCCUGUCUGAAGAGUUUUCUACCAUCUUCAAAAAGAACAUGGACCUCUUUGGUCUGCCCAAGUCCUGAGACCACAAGGCUGAUAUUGUCCUGUUAUCGUUUGAGUUCUAAGGACAGCAAAUCAGAGUAUUUAAUGCCGUCCUUUAUUUGAGCAUCUGUUUAUAAUCUGUCAGCAGUAUUCACAAGAGUUGUCAUUAUCUAGAUGCUGCCAAGGGUAUUUUAAGUACCGUAUUUUCCGGACUAAAAGGCUCAUUGGAUUAUUAGGCGCACCUUCAAUGAAUGGGCUAUUUUUAAUUUUUUUGUCAGAUCUUGCACGCACUGGACUAUAAGGCGCAAUCUACAAUGUAUACACUAGAUGGAGGCACAGCCCUUCAUUUGACUCAAGAAGCGUUUAUGACCGCCUCCAAAAAACGUAAAUUCACAAUUACUUCAAUUAAACUACGAAAAUUGAAAAUAGUAACAGUAAUGCAUCAAAACAAAAAAAAAUCACAAAAUAAAUUCUAUAGCCACCCGACAGAAUUUAUUUUGGCAUUUCCUUGAGCGUAGCUGCAACAGAACGAUCAGAUGUCAGUAAAUUGUAGGAGACUGGACUGUCUUAGAAGUUUUUAUUUAUGCCUUUGUUGUGUACUGUAUUCACAAACGAGAAAAUCACAAAAUAAAUUCUGUAAGUGGGCUAUAGAAUUUAUUUUGUGAUUUCCUUGCUUGAUUUUCUGUUUUGAUGCAUUAUUUUCAAUUUUCGUAGUUUCUGUGGAAUCGUUCAUUUAUGUUUUUCCGUGGUGGUCAUGAAUGCCUCUCGAGUCAAAGGAAAAAGAGAAGGCACGAAGACGGACAGACAUUAACCGUAUUUGUUGAGACUGUGAAAAACAUUCAUGAAGUGUGCGUUUAAAAAAAAAACACCACAGCUCUCCUUUUUCCAGAGCUGCAACAAAAACGUAUUUAAUAAAGCAGCGACAUAGUUCACAGAACCAUCAGCAAGUUAUAACAUUGUAAGCAUGUCUCCAGCAAAGAGCCAUCUUGUGGUCGCCAUAUUACCGUAAUGACCAUACACAAGGCUCGCCGUGAGCUUUUAAGAAAAUUGAAGACUUUUCGGUGCGCUUAAUCGUGCGGAAAAUACGGUCUGUAAAUAUGCUAUUUAAUGGUCAUUAUAUGGCACAUUGCACAUGACUUGUUGUGAUAUCAAUAAAUGGGCAAUUUCUGCAUG